CCAGCAUCUCACGCGAUCUGGGGCGCCGCACGAAGUCGUGGGGACACACGCAUUGCGAAGAUGGAGAAUAUCCGACGCUACAUGUCGCUGUCUGAAGUAUUUGAGGGCGUGCAGCUCAGCCAGACACCGGGCGGGAGCAGAUGACGAGCUCUCCACCAAUCUGUCUCUGGUGACAGCUUCAAUUAUUCCUAGACUUCAGCAGUGCCAGCACCUUGUCAUCGAAGCCAUACUCGCCUUCUCCAUCACUCUGCUAGUCUUUGUCCGGUCGAAACGUAGUCAUGGAGAAGAUGCAAAGCACACAUGUGGAUGCUCAUGAUGAUGUCUCGGUGGCGCCAGCGAACACCUUAAUUGAUAGCAAGCAUGUCGAUCAAGACAAGGAGGUUGGUGACGACCACUUUGUCUGGGCACAUGGCUGACCGUCGCUAGACCGCCGCUCUUGGUGCCAAUCAGCCUGUCGAAAUCGACGAAGCGACCAACAGGAAGCUCUUUUGGACGAUCAACAAGAGAAUCCUCAUGUGCAUGCUUGGAACCUACUUCUGCCAAUCUCUUGACAAAGGCACUCUGGGCUUCAGUUCUAUUAUGGGCAUACAAGCAGAUGCGAAUCUUGAGGGACAAGAUUACAGUUGGCUGGGCACGAUCCUCUACAUCGGUGUGCUCGCUGGUGAAGUCCCCACAAACAUGCUUAUCCAGAAGCUACCAGUAGCAAAGUACCUGGCCGGGAAUGUCUUCCUCUGGGGCGCCGUUAUCGCAUGCUCCGCGUCUGCGACCAAUUUCCGAGGUCUCAUGGUCGUGCGAUUCUUGCUCGGUGUCUUCGAGUCUUGCGUGCAGCCGACGUUCAUCCUCAUGACGUCUAUGUGGUACACGCGUCGCGAGCAAGCCGUCUUGACCUCCCUUUGGUACUGCAUGACCGGUGUCCAGCUUAUGGUUGGUGGCAUCAUCGCUUACGGUGUCUCUAACUAUGUUGGUCACUCGAUCAAGUCAUGGCAGUUGCUUUUCUUAGUCCUCGGUGUGGCUACUUGUGCCUGGGCCAUAGUCCUGGCAUUAGUCCUACCCGAUUCUCCAACGAAGGCUAAGUGCUACUCCAAAGAGCAGAAGCGGCUCAUGGUUGAGCGAGUGCGAGCCAACGAGACCGGCAUCCAGAACAAGAAGUACAAGAAGUACCAAGCGCUGGAGGCUAUCACGGACCCCGUAGUUUGGUGCUAUGUCAUGCUUCAGAUCACCAGCACGCUGAUCAUCGGAGGUCUGGGAGUCUUCUCGAACCUCAUCAUCAAGUCAUUCGGCUUUACCGUUUUGCAGACGCAACUGCUCAACAUUGCUCAGGGCGGAGUCACCAUCAUUGUCAUGGUUGGCAGUGCUUCGUUGGCAACUUUCACCAAGCAAACUGUUUGGGUGAUGCAUGCUUGGACAAUUCCUCCAAUCAUCGGCACCGCAAUCAUGUACAGCUUUGCUCCUAAUUCCUCAAAUCGGGUCGGUCUACUCAUCGCUUUCUACUGCACUCAGUUCUAUCUGGCUGAAGGAAAUCUCAUCUAUUCGUUGAUUGGACAAAACACUGCUGGUCAGACGAAGAAGACAGUCACUCUCGCGCUGUCCUUCAUCGCCUGGUCGGGUGGUAAUGCCGCAGCUCCUCAAAUCUUCCAGAAGAGCGACGCGCCACGAUACAAGAAGGGCUUUACCGCGCAUUUCUGCCUCUAUGUUCUGUUCAACCUUUGUCUUGUCGUUCUGCGCCUCAUUUUGACGAGACGCAAUAUUAUCAAGCGUAGGAUAGGCGGUUCUGGAGUUGCCGACUCUUCUUCCGAGAGAAAGUCUAGCUACGAUGAGCACAUCGACCAUAGCAAUGCAUUCGCGGAUCUGACAGACAAGGAAAACCCGAGUUUCAGGUACGACUUUUAGGACAUGGUUUGAAGUAAGAUAUGUAUACGCGUGUCUCAGAACUGCGGCAAGGCUGGCUUUUGCUCACUUAUGAUGGCGAAAUGAGGGACUUCUGGAUUGUUGUAGUUGGCAGAGAAAAGUAUUGGUACAGAUGCCGUUAAUAUAGGAACAUCUUUG